UAAAAGAGUUUAUAAGUAAAAGAUAUAAUAAGUAAAAGACCUAUUGAAAUACACUUCACUUUCUAAAAAAAAUGGUCGAUAAAAUAGUGUCGAUAGAUUUCCUUUUUGAUUAAAAUGAAAAACACCACACAUGGUGGCACCCUUUAGGCCGAAAACUAUUAAAAGCCAAAAGAGAAAUGGCCAGGGCGAAACUUUUUCGGUUAAUUUGCUGCAAUUUGCAUAAAUUGCGGCUGUUCCUUCAGACUUUAGACCAAAUGGACUUAUAGGGUCCUCUAGAGGACUACUCUAUAAAAGGACUGCGGUUGUAGUUCGGAGGCUCAAAAAAAAAAAUGGUUCAAGCUGGGGACCUGCUACCAGUGGACUCGACGGCUGCUUUAAAGCUCCAUUGGCGGAUCUUUCGAUUGAUGGGAAUACAUCCUCCGAAGGGUAGGGAGUCAUUUUUCGGUCAGCACUACAGAAGCUACUCGAUCUUCUGGAACGUCACCUUUAACGUCUCCAUGUCCCUGUCUAUGGUGGUGAACUUCCUGAUGUCCAACUCACUGGAGUCCUUCUGUGACAGCCUCUCGGUGGCCAUGCCCCACAGCAUCUACAUGCUGAAGCUCCUGAAUGUCUGGGCGGUUCGGGACAGGCUGCUACAGACCCACCGAAUCCUGCGGUACCUGGACACCCGCCUCUGCUCCCCCAUCGAGCGCCGGAUCGUCCGCACGAAGGGCAUCCGCCGCUCGCAUCGGCUCCACUUGACCAUCAUUAUCGCCGUCGGAUUUGUUUUCGGUUGUGGAAUCGCCUACAUAAUCCUGUCCAGUGAGCGAACCCUGAUGUAUCCCUCGUGGAUACCCUGGCAGUGGAAGGAGUCGACCACCGCCGUCUUUGUAUCCACCGUCGUCGUUCACACCGUUUUCUUGGCGGAGACCGCCGUGGUGGUCUACACUGUGGCCACCUAUCCGUGCACCUACCUGAUCCUGCUGAGUGCCCACACCCGGGCUCUGGCCUGCCGGUUCGCCCGCUUGGGGCACUCCGCAAGGGAGACUGAGCAGCAGACCCAUCUUCGUCUUUUGGACUACAUUCAAGAUCAUCAAAAGCUAUUACAAAUCCUAAAAUCCCUGGAGCAUUCUCUGUCGAGAGGCAGUUUCCUGCAGUUCUUUUGCAUGGCCUGUUCCCAGUGCACCACCUGCUACCUGAUCCUGUUCGAGAAGAUCGGCUUCAUGCCGCUCGUGAAUAUGCUCUGCCUCCUGCUAACGUUCACCUGCGAGACCCUCCUGCUGUGCUACUCCGCCGAGCUGGUCCACCAGGCGGGCGACAAUCUUCUGUCUGCGGUCUACUCCUCCAAUUGGCUGGACCAGCCCGCCCUCUUCCGGCGCUACUUGGUCCUCGUCCUGGUUCGCUGCCAGAAGCCGAUGAUCCUAUACUCGGGCAUUGUGGUGCCUCUCAGGAUGACAUCGUUUUUGACCUUCUGCAAGGGCGCAUACUCAAUGCUCACAUUGCUGAGCAAAAUGCGGAAAUCAACAAUCGAUUAAAGAUUCUGGAAGGCCUUAGGAUGAAAAAAUAAACCAUUAUCUAAAUAUGUUUCUCUUUUGAAUAAAAAAUAUGUAAAGGAACUACGAAAUAAAGAAGGUAC